CCAACCAGCCAGCCAGCAAAAGCAACCUGGGCUGCUCGAGCAGCCGCCGCCGCCGCCGCCUUGCCAGUGACAUUUGCAAAUCACGCCGCUCCCUUGCAGCCUCCCGGCUCGCCCCCCGCUGCCGAGUGACUUUUUUUGCGAAGGCUUGCAGCCCAGCAACGGCGGCUCCCGAGGACGAAGGAAGAAGGGGCGAGGAAGAGGAGGAGGAGGAAGAAGAGGACGCCGCGCGCCCCGACCAUGUCCGAGUUUCUUCUGGUCGCCUUCCACUUCCUCACCAUCUCGGGAUUAUUUCCUAUUGCUGAGGUGCUGGCAGUGGGAGCGGAGCGAGAACACUUGUGUGACAUAGGCGAGUUUCUGUGUCAGGAUCACGUGACCUGCGUGUCUCAAAACUGGCUCUGUGAUGGAGAACCCGAUUGUCCGGAUGAUUCAGAUGAGUCUAUAGAUGUGUGUCCUGAAAAAAUUGAAUUCAAAUGUCCUCUGAAUCAUGUUAAAUGCAUUGGCACAAACAGAUGUAUUCACCUGUCUCAACUCUGCAAUGGCGUGUAUGACUGUCCUGAUGGAUAUGAUGAAGGCGUACAUUGUAGGGAAUUGCUACCAAAGUGCCAGCAAAUGGAGUGCCAGUACAAAUGUGCUAUAUCCAGGGAUGGAAUUGGAUGCUACUGCAAAGAAGGAUAUGAAGUUGGCAUAGAUGGGAGAAUCUGCCAAGAUUUAAAUGAAUGUAAUCUGUAUGGGAUUUGUAGCCAAACUUGUGGAAACACCAAUGGAUCAUAUAUCUGCAGCUGUGUGGAGGGUUAUCUUCUUCAGCCAAACAAAAAAUCAUGCAAAGUUAAAAGAGAACCAAAUGAUUCACCACCAGUUCUUCUGAUUGUGAAUUCUGAUACUAUUGAGAUACUAUAUCUAAAUGGGACUAGAGUAUCUAGUCUUGGAUUCACGAGAGGGAAUGGAAUUCAAACACUGGAUUUUAUUUACAAGAAGAACACAAUUUGUUGGAUUGAAUCAAGAGGCUCGUCAAAUCAGUUGAAAUGCGUUGAGACAUCACAAACUGGGAUGUUGACAGAUGAAUGGAUAAUCAACACAAUUCCUUACCUUCACAAUAUACAGAGAAUGGCAAUCGACUGGCUAACUGGAAAUUUUUAUUUUGUGGAUCGGACAAGUGACACAAUCUUCGCUUGCAACUAUAAUGGAACCGUGUGUGUUAUCCUGAUUGAUCUUGAACUUAAUAACCCCACAGCAGUUGCCGUGGAUCCUAUUUUGGGAAAACUCUUCUUUGCAGACUAUGGAAAUGUUGCUAAAAUUGAGCGGUGUGACAUGAAUGGGAUGAACAGAACAAGGAUAGUAGCAUCCAAAAUAGAACAGCCCAUUGCCCUCACGCUAGACCUGAUCAAUAAAUAUGUCUACUGGGUAGAUGUUUAUUUAGACUCCAUAGGAGUUGUUGACUAUCAAGGACGCAACAGACAUACAAUAAUUGAAGGUCGACAAGUUAGACGUCUUUGUGGGUUAACAGUAUUUGAAGACUAUUUGUAUGCAACAAGUUUGGACAACUUCAAUGUCAUAAAAAUAAAUAGAUUUAAUGGCACAGACAUACAAUCAUUAAUUAGACUGGAAAAUGCCCAAGAGGUCCAUGUCUUUCACAAGAGAACCCAACCAACAGUCAGGAGUCAUGCAUGUGAUCUCGACCCAUAUGGCAUGCCAGGGGGAUGUUCACACAUCUGUUUGCUGAGCAGUAGCUACAAAACCAGGACGUGUCGCUGCAGGAUGGGCUUCGUCUUGGGAAGUGACGGCAGGUCAUGCAAAAGACCAAAGAAUGAGUUGUUCCUGUUUUAUGGAAAGGGACGCCCGGGAAUCAUACGGGGAAUGGAUUUGAGUAACAAAGUAGCUGAUGAAUAUAUGAUUCCAAUAGAAAAUCUGGUCAAUCCUCGAGCCCUGGACUUCCAUGCAGAGGCCAAUUACAUAUACUUUGCUGAUACUACCAGCUUCCUGAUAGGACGUCAGAAAAUUGAUGGCUCAGAGCGCGAGACAAUCUUGAAAGAUGAUCUCGAUAAUGUGGAAGGUAUUGCCGUGGACUGGCUUGGAAAUAAUCUGUUUUGGACAAAUGAUGGCUACAGGAAAACCAUCAAUGUUGCCAGACUAGAGAAAGCCACUCAAAGUCGGAAGACUCUUUUAGAAGGAGACAUGUCCCAUCCUCGAGGAAUUGUCGUGGAUCCUGUUAAUGGCUGGAUGUAUUGGACAGACUGGGAAGAAGAUGAAAUAGAUGAUAGUGUGGGAAGAAUUGAAAAGGCAUGGAUGGAUGGUUACAACCGGCAAAUUUUUGUGACAUCCAAGAUGUUGUGGCCAAAUGGAUUAACGCUGGACUAUCGAAGCAAUAUACUGUACUGGUGUGAUGCCUAUUAUGAUCACAUUGAAAGAAUAUUUUUGAAUGGCACAGAUAGAAAGGUGGUCUACAGUGGAAAAGAACUUAACCAUCCAUUUGGACUGUCACACCAUAGGAAUUAUAUCUUUUGGACAGAUUAUAUGAAUGGUUCUAUUUUCCAGCUGGAUUUGGUGACUAGAAAUGUUACACUUCUAAGAAGUGAGAGAUCACCUUUGUUUGGACUGCAGAUUUAUGAUCCCCAGAAGCAGCAAGGUGACAAUGCCUGUCGUGUUAAUAAUGGAGGCUGCAGCACUCUCUGCUUAGCUGUACCCGGAGGCAGAGUAUGUGCUUGUGCUGAUAACCAGCAGUUGGAGGAGAACAGUACAACCUGCAUGAUUAUUUCCGGGGAACUGUUACCCAAGUUAUGCAAACUGGAAGAAUUUCAGUGUACAAACAAGCGCUGUAUCCAAGACCGUUGGCGUUGUGAUGGUGAUGAUGAUUGUCUGGAUGGCUCUGAUGAACAUUCAGAGAUUUGCUUCAAUCACACCUGUCCAGACAAUCAAUUUAAGUGCCAUAAUAACCGUUGCAUCCCAAAAAGGUGGCUUUGUGAUGGAACAAACGAUUGUGGCAACAAUGAAGAUGAAUCAAAUGAGACUUGUGCAGCAAGGACGUGUCAAGCUGACCAGUUUUCAUGUGGGAAUGGACGUUGUAUUCCAAGUUCAUGGGUAUGUGAUCAGGAAGAUGAUUGUGGUGAUGAGUCAGAUGAAAUAGCAUCUUGUGAGUUCCCAACUUGUGACCCAGUAGCUCAUUUUGUAUGCAGAAAUGGAAGGUGCAUUAGUAGCAAGUGGCAUUGUGAUUCAGAUGAUGACUGUGAUGAUGGGAGUGAUGAACAGGGCUGUGUUCAUUCAUGCUUUGACAAUCAAUUCAGAUGUUCCAGCGGUAGGUGUAUUCCAGAGCACUGGGCUUGUGAUGGUGAAAAUGACUGUGGAGACUUCAGUGAUGAAAACAAUCCAAAUUGCACCAAGGAAGAAACAGCCUCUCUUGGAGGAUGCCACGGGGAAGAUUUUCAAUGCCACCCGGAUGGAAACUGUAUUCCAGAGAUCUGGCGCUGUGAUGGAGAAAAAGAUUGCGAAGACGGCAGUGAUGAAAAGUACUGUAAUGGAACUAUACGCCCAUGUGAUGAUAAAACCAAAUUUUCCUGCAAGAACACAGGGAGAUGCAUUAGUAAAGCAUGGCUGUGUGAUGGUGACAUUGAUUGUGAAGAUCAGUCUGAUGAGGAUAAUUGUGAAGGAUAUAUGUGUGGACCACCAAAAUAUCCUUGUGCUAAUGAUACAGCCAUCUGUUUGCAGCCUGAGAAACUCUGCAAUGGCAUAAGAGAUUGUCCUGAUGGAUCUGAUGAAGAUGUUCUUUGUGAUGAAUGUUCCCUUAACAAUGGUGGCUGCAGUCAUCAGUGUUCAGUAGUUCCUGGAGGCAGAAUAGUUUGUUCCUGCUCCCCAGGACUAUAUUUGAGUUCAGAUAAUAAAACCUGUGAAUUUGUAGAUUACUGCACCAAACAUCAGAAGUGCAGCCAAGUGUGUGAACAGCACAAAAAUACCGUUAAGUGCUCCUGUUACGAAGGCUGGAAGCUCAAUAAAGAUGGCGAAAGCUGUGCUAAUAUUGAUCCAUUUGAAGCAUUCAUAAUUUUUUCCAUUCGGCAUGAGAUCAGAAGGAUUGAUCUGCAAAAACGGGACUACAGCCUGUUAGUUCCUGGUUUAAGAAAUACUAUAGCACUUGAUUUCCACUUCAAUCAGAGCUUACUGUACUGGACAGAUGUGGUAGAAGAUAAAAUUUACAGGGGCAAGCUCUCUGAAACCGGAGGGGUAAGCUCCAUUGAAGUUGUGGUCCAACAUGGUUUAGCUACCCCUGAAGGUUUAACUGUUGACUGGAUUGCUGGAAAUAUAUACUGGAUAGACAGCAAUUUGGACCAAAUUGAAGUAGCCAAAUUAGAUGGCACGCUGAGGACAACAUUAAUAGCAGGUGCAAUGGAGCAUCCUAGGGCUAUUGCUUUGGAUCCUAGAUAUGGAAUUAUGUUUUGGACAGAUUGGGAUGCUAAUUUUCCUCGCAUUGAGUCUGCUUCUAUGAGUGGAGCAGGAAGAACGAUUAUAUAUAAAGACAUGGAUAGUGGAGCAUGGCCGAAUGGCCUUACUGUUGAUCAUUUUGAAAAACGAAUAGUAUGGACAGAUGCUAGGUCAGAUGCUAUUUAUUCAGCACUAUAUGAUGGAACAGGCAUGAUUGAGAUAAUACGAGGACAUGAAUAUCUUUCUCACCCCUUCGCUGUCUCUUUAUUUGGGAGUGAAGUAUAUUGGACAGACUGGAGGACAAACACAUUGUCAAAAGCCAACAAAUGGACUGGUCAAAAUGUUAGUGUGAUCCAAAAAACUAGUGCACAGCCAUUUGAUCUUCAAAUUUAUCACCCAAGUCGUCAACCACAAGCUUCCAAUCCUUGUGCAGCUAAUAGUGGCAGAGGCCCUUGCUCUCAUAUGUGCCUAAUCAAUCACAACAGAAGCGCUGCAUGUGCCUGUCCUCAUCUAAUGAAGCUUUCUGCAGACAGAAAGACAUGUUAUGAAAUGAAAAAGUUUCUUCUUUAUGCAACACGUUCAGAAAUCAGAGGUGUUGACAUAGAGAAUCCGUACUUCAACUAUAUAACAGCCUUCACAGUUCCUGAUAUUGAUGAUGUAACAGUUGUAGAUUUUGAUACUGUAGAGGAACGUUUAUACUGGACAGAUGUGAAGACACAAACAAUAAAAAGGGCCUUCAUUAACGGGACUGGCUUAGAAACUGUCAUUUCAAGAGACAUUCAGAGUAUUCGGGGACUAGCAGUAGAUUGGUUAUCACGUAAUUUAUACUGGAUUAGCUCAGAAUUUGACGAAACACAGAUUAAUGUAGCGCACUUAGACGGCUCUUUAAAAACGUCAAUUAUACAUGGAAUUGAUAAACCACAGUACCUUGCAGUGCAUCCAGCUAAAGGGAAACUUUAUUGGACUGAUGGGAACACUAUUAACUUGGCAAAUAUGGAUGGUAGCAACAGCAAAAUACUGUUUCAGAAUCAGAAAGAUCCAGUUGGUUUGUCUAUAGAUUAUGCAGAGAACAAACUGUAUUGGAUCAGUUCAGGAAAUGGAACCAUAAACCGAUGCAACCUGGAUGGUGGGAGCUUUGAAGUGAUAGAUUCAAUGAAAGAAGAACUAACGAAAGCUACAGCCUUAACCAUUAUGGAUAAGAAGCUGUGGUGGGCAGACCAAAACUUAGGCCAACUGGGUACCUGCAAUAAAAAAGAUGGAAGGAAUCCCACAGUCCUGCGAAACAAAACAUCAGGAGUUGUACAUAUGAAAGUGUAUGACAAAGCGGCACAGCAAGGCAGCAAUUCCUGUCAACUCAAUAAUGGAGGAUGUUCCCAACUUUGCUUACCAACCUCAGAAACAACCCGGACAUGCUUGUGUACAGUAGGGUACAACCUUCGGAAAAACCGUAUGUCAUGUCAAGGCAUUGAGUCAUUCCUGAUGUAUUCUGUUCAUGAAGGAAUUAGAGGAAUUCCUCUUGAUCCAAAUGAUAAAACAGAUGCAUUGAUGCCUAUAUCAGGAACAUCAUUUGCUGUGGGUAUAGACUUUCAUGCAGGAAAUGAUACAAUUUACUGGACAGACAUGGGAUCCAACAAAAUCAGCAGAGCUAAAAGGGAUCAGACAUGGAAGGAAGAUAUUAUUACAAAUGGUUUGGGAAGAGUGGAAAGCAUUGCAGUGGAUUGGAUAGCGGGUAAUAUAUAUUGGACGGAUCAUGGCUUCAACUUUAUUGAAGUUUCCAGGCUCAAUGGUUCUUUUCGAUAUGUUAUCAUUUCUCAAGGCCUGGACCAGCCAAGAUCUAUAGCAGUGCAUCCAGAAAAAGGCUAUUUGUUCUGGACUGAAUGGGGUCAAGUGCCCUGCAUAGGCAGGACACGUUUAGAUGGAUCAGAGAAGAUGGUUCUUGUAGGCACUGGGAUUACGUGGCCUAAUGGAAUUUCUGUCGACUUUGAGGAAAAUAAAUUAUACUGGUGUGAUGCACGAAUGGACAGGGUAGAAAGAAUUGACCUUGAGAGUGGAAGAAAUCGAGAGAUUGUGCUGUCAGGAAGCAAUGUGGAUAUGUUUUCAGUGGCAGUCUUUGGGGCUUACAUCUACUGGUCUGACAGAGCUCAUGCAAAUGGGUCUAUCAGACGAGGUCACAAAAAUGAUGCCACAGAGGCUGUAACUAUGAGGACAGGCCUAGGAAUAAACUUGAAAGAGGUGAAGAUCUUCAGCAGAGUACGCGAGAAAGGAACCAAUAUAUGUGCCAAGAACAAUGGUGGAUGUCAACAACUUUGUCUGUAUCGGGGAAAUGGACAGAAAACGUGUGCUUGUGCACAUGGCUAUCUAGCAGAGGAUGGUGCCUCAUGCCUGAGACAUGAUGGUUACUUGCUCUAUUCAGGAAGAACAAUAUUAAAAACUAUACAUAUUUCAGACGAGACAAACUUGAAUUCACCAGUGCAACCUUAUGAAAAUCCAGAAUAUUUCAAAAACAUAAUAGCACUAGCUUUUGACUACAGCCAGAAAGGAAGAGGUACUAAUCGGAUCUUCUUCAGUGAUGCACAUUUUGGAAAUAUACAACUAAUUAAAGAUGAUUGGUCAGGGAGAAGAAUUAUAGUUGAAAAUGUUGGCUCUGUAGAAGGUCUUGCAUAUCACAGAGCUUGGGAUACUUUGUACUGGACAAGCUCUACUACGUCUUCUAUUAUAAGACACACGGUUGAUCAGAAACGAAGAGGUGCGUUCAACAGAGAAGCCGUAAUAACAAUGUCUGAAGAUGACCAUCCACAUGUAUUGGCCCUUGAUGAAUGCCAAAAUUUAAUGUUUUGGACUAAUUGGAAUGAGCAACAUCCAAGCAUCAUGAGAGCUACACUGUAUGGCAAAAAUGCGCAAGUUAUUGUCAGCACUGACAUUCUCACACCAAAUGGACUUGCCAUUGAUCACAGUGCAGAGAAAUUAUACUUUUCAGAUGGAAGCUUGGGGAAAAUAGAAAGGUGUGAAUAUGAUGGAUCACAUAGAAAUGUGAUUGUUAGAUCUGGACCGGGUACUUUUCUCAGUCUGGCUGUUUAUGGUGACUGGAUCUUCUGGACAGACUGGGUGAGAAGAGCUAUUCUGCGAUCCAAUAAAUAUACAGGUGGAGAUACAAAAAUUCUUAGAUCUGACAUACCACAUCAACCAAUGGGCAUCAUAGCUGUUGCUAAUGACACUAACAGCUGUGAAUUGUCCCCUUGUGCCCAAAUGAAUGGAGGCUGUCAUGAUUUGUGCCUUCUGACUCCUGAUGGUCGUGUUAAUUGUUCAUGUAGGGGUGAUCGAAUACUUAUAGAUGACAACAGAUGUGUGUCUAAAAACUUAUCAUGCAACUUUUAUUCUGAAUUUGAGUGUGGGAAUGGUGAGUGCAUUGACUACCAACUAUCCUGUGACGGUGUAGCUCACUGUAAGGACAAGUCUGAUGAGAAGUUGUUUUAUUGUGAAAAUAGAAGCUGUCGGAGAGGCUAUAAACCCUGUUUUAAUCGCCGUUGCAUACCCACCAGUCAAGUAUGUGAUGGCAGAAAUGAUUGUGGGGAUAACUCUGAUGAAAUAGGCUGUGAAGUUUCAGGAUGUAGCUCAACAGAAUUUCACUGUGGAGAUGGAACUUGCAUUGCAAAAUCUGCACAAUGCAAUCAGGUUAUUGACUGUUCGGAUGCUUCCGACGAGAAAAACUGCAAUAAUACAGAUUGUGCUCACUUCUAUAAACUUGGGGUCAAAUCUUCAGGCUUUGUAAGCUGCAAUUUUACUUCACUGUGUAUACUACCAGAAUGGCUGUGCGAUGGAUCAAAUGACUGUGGUGAUUAUACAGAUGAAUUAAAAUGCCCAGUUCGAUACAAGCAUACAUGUGAAGAAAAUUAUUUUGGUUGUCCUGGUGGGAGAUGUAUUUUGAAUACAUGGGUAUGUGAUGGUCAGAAAGACUGCGAAGAUGGAAGUGAUGAAUUGCAGUGUGAUUCUUCUUGUUCAUGGAACCAAUUUGCUUGUUCUGAACACAAGUGUAUCUCUAAACAAUGGAUUUGUGAUGGAGAAGAUGAUUGUGGAAAUGGCUUGGAUGAGAGUAAAGCUGUUUGUGGUUCCGUAACUUGUGCCCCAGAUAUGUUCAGCUGCUUAGAUUCCUAUGCUUGUGUUCCUCAGCACUGGCUUUGUGAUGGUGAAAGGGACUGUCCAAAUGGGAGCGAUGAACUUGCCACAGCAGGAUGCGCUCCUAAUAAUACUUGUGAUGAAAAUACAUUUACAUGUCAAAAUAAAAUCUGCAUUCCUAAACAAUUUGUCUGUGAUCAUGAUGAUGACUGUGGAGAUGGCUCAGAUGAAUCACUAGAAUGUGGCUAUCGUCACUGUAAUCCUGGUGAAUUCAGUUGUGCUGACGGAAGAUGUCUCUUAAAUUCUCAAUGGCAAUGUGAUGGAGAUUUUGAUUGCCCAGAUCAUUCUGAUGAAGAUCCAGUUAACACAAAAUGCAGAAGUGCAGAACAGUCAUGCAACAGUUCCUUUUUUAUGUGCAAAAAUGGCAAGUGUAUUCCCCAGGAAGAGGUGUGUGAUACCAAACAGGAUUGCGGCGAUGGAUCUGAUGAAAGAAACUGCCAUGUGAAUGAAUGUUUGAGCAAGAAAGUCAGUGGUUGUUCUCAAGACUGUCAAGAUCUUCCUGUGGGGUACAAGUGUAAAUGUUGGCCUGGCUUCCAUAUGAAGGAUGAUGGCAGAACAUGUGUAGACAUUGAUGAAUGUUCAUCUGGCUUUCCGUGCAGCCAGCAAUGCAUCAAUACAUAUGGAACCUACAAAUGCUUGUGUGCUGAUGGUUAUGAAGUGCAUCCUAAUAAUCAUCAUGGCUGCAAAUCUCUUUCAGAUGAGGAACCAUUUUUAAUUCUAGCUGAUCACCAUGAAAUAAGAAAAAUCAGCACUGAUGGGUCCAACUAUACUUCACUGAAACAGGGUCUAAACAAUGUGAUUGCAGUAGACUUCGAUUACAAAGCGGAGUUCAUCUAUUGGAUUGAUUCCAACAGACCAAAUGGAAGCAGAAUAAACAGAAUGAACCUGAGUGGAAGUGACGUCAAGGUAGUUCAUAACACAGCUGUUCCUAAUGCACUUGCCGUUGACUGGGUUGGAAAGAAUCUCUAUUGGUCUGACACAGAAAAAAGGAUUAUUGAAGUAUCCAAACUCAAUGGUUUAUACCCCACUGUUCUUGUGAGCAAACGGGUGAAGUUCCCAAGAGAUCUUUGUUUAGAUCCUCAGAUUGGAUAUUUGUACUGGAUUGAUUGCUGUGAGUAUCCUCACAUUGGACGUGUUGGCAUGGAUGGCUCUGAUCAGGCAGUUGUGAUAGAAACACAGAUAUCUAGACCAACAGCACUUACAAUAGAUUAUGUCAACCAAAGACUCUACUGGGCUGAUGAAAACCAUAUAGAAUUUGCUAACAUGGAUGGUACUCGUAGAAAUAAAGUCCCAAAUCAACAUAUUCUUGGAGUGAUUGCUCUCACAUUAUUUGAAGAUUACAUAUACUGGACUGAUGGAAAAACCAAGACAGUCAACCGUGCACAUAAAACCUCUGGAACAGAUAAAGAAGCAUUGAUUAACUCAUGGCAUGCCAUAACGGAUAUCCAAGUGUAUCAUUCAUAUAGACAACCGGAUGUGCCUAAACAUAUGUGUACAUUAAGCAAUGGUGGCUGUAGUCACCUGUGCCUCGUAGCCCCAGGCAGAACACAUACUUGUGCAUGUCCCACGAACUUUUACCUCGCUGCAGAUAAUAAGACCUGCUUAUCAAAUUGCACUGCCAGUCAAUUCCGCUGCAAAACUGACAAAUGUAUUCCAUUCUGGUGGAAAUGUGACACUGUCGAUGAUUGUGGAGAUGGAUCAGAUGAACCUAAAGAAUGUCCUGAAUUUAAAUGUCAGCCAGGCCGUUUUCAAUGUGGAACUGGACUCUGUGUUUUACCAGCCUUCAUAUGUGAUGGAGAAAAUGACUGUGGAGACAACUCAGAUGAACUGAAUUGUGAUACACAUGUUUGCUUGUCAGGACAAUUCAAAUGCACGAAGAAUCAGAAGUGUAUCCCAAUAAAUCUAAGGUGUAAUGGACAGGAUGAUUGUGGUGAUGAAGAAGAUGAAAAGGAUUGCCCGGAAAACAGCUGUUCUCCUGACCAUUUUCAGUGUAAAACCACAAAACACUGCAUUUCAAAACUGUGGGUAUGUGAUGAGGAUCCAGAUUGUGCAGAUGGGUCUGAUGAAGCCAACUGUGAUAAAAAGACUUGUGGGCCUAAUGAAUACCAGUGUAAAAACAGCAACUGCAUUCCAGAUCACUGGAGAUGUGACAGUCAAAAUGAUUGUGGUGACAAUUCUGAUGAAGAAAACUGCAAACCACAGACAUGCACUCAGAAAGACUUUCAUUGCUCAAAUGGAGACUGUCUGUCUGCAAGAUUCUGGUGUGAUGGCGACUAUGAUUGUGCAGAUGGCUCAGAUGAGAGAUAUUGUGGUUCUGGCUGCUUAAAAGAUCAGUUCCAGUGCUCCAAUGGUCAGUGCAUAGCUUCAAAAUGGAAGUGCGAUGGACAUGAUGACUGUAUACUUGGAGAGGAUGAGAAAAACUGUGAACCAGCAUCUCCAACAUGUUCUACAAGUGAGUACGUUUGUGCCAGUGGGGGAUGUAUUUCAGCAUCUUUCAGGUGCAAUGGAGAAUAUGAUUGUCCUGAUGGUUCUGAUGAGAUGGAUUGUGUCACAGAAUGUAAAGAAGAUCAGUUUCGAUGUAAAAAUAAGGCACACUGUAUUCCUGUUCGAUGGCUCUGUGAUGGAAUCCAAGACUGUGUAGAUAAUAGUGAUGAACACAAUUGUGACAGAGGAGGCAAUAUAUGUAGAACAGAUGAAUUCCUUUGCAACAAUUCACUGUGUAAACUACAUGCUUGGGUUUGUGAUGGAGAAGAUGACUGCGGAGAUAAUUCUGAUGAACUUCCUGAAUUAUGCUCAAAGUUUCCAUGUCCCCCCACAAGGCCGUACCGAUGCAGAAAUAACAGAGUUUGUCUACGGCAGGAACAGAUUUGUAAUGGGAUUGAUGACUGUGGUGAUGUCUCAGAUGAGGAUCAUUGUGACAAAACCACAUAUAAAGUAAGGCCUUGUAAAAAAGAUGAGUUUGCUUGUAGCAACAAGAAGUGUAUACCGGUGGAACUAGAGUGUGAUCAAUAUGAUGAUUGUGGAGAUGGUUCAGAUGAGCAAGGCUGCAAAACAAGCUUAACUGAAUAUAACUGUGAAAACAACGUGAACCCUUGUGGUGAUGAUGCAUAUUGUAAUAAAACCAAAACAUCUCUUUUCUGUCAGUGCAAGCCUGGUUUUCAAAGGAACAGGAGAAAUUGGCAAUGUGAAGAUAUCAAUGAAUGCUUAAUCUUUGGCAUCUGCUCCCAGCUGUGUAUCAACGUGAAAGGAUCAUACAGAUGCACUUGUGAAAAAAAUUAUAAAGAAAAAAAUAGUAGCUGCAUUGCAAAAGGCUCUGAAGAUCAAGUUCUCUACAUUGCUAAUGACACUGAUAUCCUGGGUUUUGUAUAUCCAUUCAACUACAGUGAUGUUCAUCAACAGAUUACACAUAUUGAACAUAAUUCAAGAAUUACGGGAAUGGAUCUAUAUUAUCAAGGGGAAAUUAUUAUUUGGAGUACUCAGUUUAAUCCAGGAGGCAUUUUCUAUAAAAAGAUCCAUGAGGGAGAAAGGAGACCAAAAAAUAGUGGUGUGAUAUGUCCUGAAUUCAAAAGACCUAGAGACAUUGCAGUUGAUUGGAUAGCUGGAAACAUAUAUUGGACCGAUCACUCAAGAAUGCAUUGGUUUAGUUACUAUACAACUCACUGGACAAGCUUAAGGUAUUCCAUCAAUGUAGGACAGAUAAAUGGACCAAACUGCACAAGGCUUCUUACAAACAUGGCUGGAGAACCAUAUGCAAUUGCUGUAAAUCCUCCCAAAGGCAUGAUGUACUGGACAGUAAUUGGAGAUCACUCUCACAUUGAAGAAGCAGCAAUGGAUGGUACUUUGCGGAGGAUAUUAGUACAAAAAAAAUUACAGAGACCAACAGGUCUUGUAGUUGAUCACUUUAGUCAGCGCUUGUUCUGGGCAGAUUUUGAAUUGUCUGUAAUUGGCAGUGUUCUCUUUGAUGGCUCUGACUUGGUCAUAUGUGUGAGCAGUAAACAAGGGUUACUCCAUCCUCAUAGAAUUGACAUUUUUGAGAAUUAUAUAUAUGGGGCAGGACCUAAAAAUGGUGCAUUUAGAGUGCCAAAAUUUGGGCAAGGUUCUGUAGAAUAUCUGAAUUUGGAUAUUGAUAAGACAAAAAGUACUUUGAUCUCUCAUCGCUACAAACAGACUUACUCACUCAAUCCUUGCCUGGAGUUUACUUGUGAGUUCCUAUGUUUACUCAACCCUUCAGGUGCAGCUUGUGUUUGUCCAGAAGGAAAAUCACUGUUCAAUGGAACAUGCAGUGAUUUGAAUGUUUCAGAUAACACAUGUAAGCUGACUUGUGAAAAUGGAGGAAGAUGCAUUAUAAAUGAAAAAGGUGAUCCGAGAUGUUACUGUUGGCCAAGCUAUUCAGGUGAAAGAUGUGAAAUAAAUCACUGUAACAAUUACUGCCAGAAUGGAGGAACCUGUGUAGCUUCUCUUCUUGGAAGACCUACAUGCAGCUGUACUCUGGGUUUCACAGGUCCAAACUGCAAUAAAACGGUUUGUGAUACUUUUUGUCAAAAUGGAGGAACCUGCACUGUCACUGCUGGAAAUCAGCCCCGUUGUCAUUGCCAGCCUGAAUAUACAGGUGACAGAUGCCAAUACUAUGUUUGUCACCAUUAUUGUGUUAAUUCUGAAUCCUGUAUCAUCGCUGAUGACGGCAAUGUACAAUGUGUCUGUCCUCUAAGAUAUGAAGGUCCAAAGUGUGAAAUAGACAAAUGUGUAAAAUGUAAUGGAGGACAAUGCAUCAUAGACAAGGAAAGUGAUGACAUAAUGUGCAACUGCACGAAUGGAAAAAUUGCAUCCAGUUGUCAAUUAUGUGAUGGUUAUUGCUACAAUGGUGGUAGUUGUCAGCUGGACGCAGAGACCAAUAUGCCUGUCUGUCUAUGCUCUUUGGGGUUUAAAAGUCAGCGCUGUGACCAGAAAGUGAACCCUUGUGAUUACUACUGUCAGAAUGAGGGAAUUUGCACUUUAACUGCGUUUAAUGAACCGAGAUGCAAAUGCUCCACCAACUGGUCAGGUACACAGUGUGAAAGACCAGCUCCCAAGAGCAGCAAAUCUGACAAUAUCAGUACAAGAAGUAUUGCAAUCAUUGUUCCACUUGUACUGUUGGUGACUUUGAUUACUACUUUGGUAAUAGGUUUGCUUCUUUGUAAAAGAAAACGAAGGACAAAAACAAUUCGACGACAACCAAUAAUAAAUGGAGGAAUCAAUGUAGAAAUUGGAAAUCCGUCAUACAAUAUGUAUGAAGUGGGGCAUAAUCACAAUGAAAGAGGUCUUUCAGAUUUUACAUUAAAUCCAGAAAAGGCCAGGUAUGUAGGGGGAGGGCCCACAGUCUUCAAGCUUUCCCACCCACCACCGCCCAUCUACUUAAACUCUGAUCUGAAAGGACCUCUGACGCCAGGGCCAACAAACUACUCCAAUCCAGUGUACACAAAGCUGUACAUUGAUGGACAAAAUUGUCGAAACUCCUUAGCAAGUGUUGACGAAAGGAAAGAACUCCUUCCAAAGAAAAUAGAUAUUGGCAUAAGGGAGACUAUGGCAUAAUCCAUUGUAACCUUUUGUAUACUGUAUAAAUGUAUAAAAUAUAAGGAUUACUUUUCUAUGUACCAACAGUAUUAUAAUUGUUUUGUCAUCAGCAUUAUCUCUGGAUUUUUUUUUCUGUUCAGUUGGUGGUUUUCUGGGUUUUUGUUUUGCUGAUGACUUGACUGACCAUUUGUAUGGUAUUUUUAUUAAAAAAAAUCUGCACUACAGUACAAUUUACAACAAUGCUGCUGAUAUAACACACAUUGAAUUUGUUAAAAAUUUAAAAAUACUUUGUAGUGUGAAUAUGAGCAAUCUAUUUUGUAUGAACUUUUUCUUUGAUUUUACUUAUCAAUGAAAAUGAUAUCUGCACUUUUCCAUUAUAUGGUCCGAAGGCUGUAGUACAGUGUGUGAAUUUGUUUCUGUUUUAAAUGGUGGAAGUAUGAUUGGAUGGUCUACUCUCUUUGUGCCCAUUAGAAACUCACUUCAGAACCUAAAAGUUAUAGAAAAUCUAAUUUCACAAAUCAAGCAUAAUUUGCUUUUACAAUUAGCUUUAUGUUGGCAAGAAGCUAUGAGUAUUAUAGAAAGCAUCUAAUGGUCUCCAUGAACAUAGAAUAUUCCAUUCUGGAGAUUCAGUAGAUGUCCAAGCUAUAUUGAACAUAUAUACCAUGUAAAAAAAAUUCUUCGUACUUAGUUAAACCGUAUAGAACUUAGUGAUAUACAACUUGCAAGGGAAAGGACCUUAACCAAUGUGUGAUAAGGCCUGUUCUGCAGUCUUGUAUACAAAGCCUACCUGGAGCACAAGAGGGCAUUGCCUACACACAUAUUAUAGAUUUAUUUACUCAGUCACACAUGUUGUUUAUAUAUGAUGAAUUCCCCUGGGAAGUAAGGAGAACAAAAAGCCAUAAGCACACAUAUUGAUAACAGUGUUCUUAAAAGGAGAUGGUAAAACCUCCUGCUUCCAUAGAAAUAUUGUCUGAAAUCCAGUACUAAGCUGUAACUAGAGUAGGCCCAUUGAAUAAAUGGAACUUAUACAGGAGCUGACUCAACAGAUGCCCACUGAUACAGUGGGCCUAUUCUAGUUAUGGCUCACUACUGUAUUCAGCCAUUGAAUCAGCCAGAUUGCCAUCAUUUUAUAUGUAUGGAAAAAGUAUUUAAAAACUACAAUGGAUUAAUUUUAAUAUUUCUUCAACAAACCUCAAAACCACAUUCUCAGUAGUGGAGAGUGUUAAAUGUAAUGGGUUUCCAGCACUUUCUCUGGUAUUAGCUUAUUUUAUGUUGUUAUGAAGAAUAAAAAAAGAAAGAAAGAAAAAACAAUACAAUUUGCCUUUUUUUAAUUGUGACAAAAAUACGUAGUGCAACUUCUCUAGCCUGUUUAACAACAACCCUUGAAAUCUUUUAUACAUAACUUUAAAGGCACAAAAGACUUCACACACCUGUACAGAAAUAAUUAGAGGGCUUUUCAUUCCUCUGCUACAUAUUACUAGUUUUUAGCUGUCAUAAUCGAUUAAUCUAACCGAUUAAAUAUGUUUGUGGUGGCUCUACUCCCUUUGUACAAACAUUGCAAAAAAUAUAACAGCUGUUUUAUAAAAGAUUUUUGUUGUACUCUGUGCAUGCAUACUACCUAUUUCUAAACUUUGCCAUGUUGAGGCCUUUAUUAAAAAGAACUUGAUUCAUGUAAUACCAGUGCAGUUUUGCUUGAAUAAUAU